GAUUCGCCUCCAAUUCUAGGGUUUCCCUUUCCCCCCGGCGCCCCUCUCCCCAAUCUAUUCGACUAUUCUCCAAAAUCUCAAACCCUAGAAUCCCCAAUCACAGAAACUCCGUACCCUCCAAUGGCGGACGAGUCCCAGUUCUCUUCUUCUCGACCCGACAACAAGCGGAAGUUCGACGACCCCUCUCCUCCUCCUCCUCCUCCUCCGCCUUCAUACAACAGCGUCCCUCCCCCUCUCGAUGGGAUCCAGCUGGCCAAGCUCAAAGCCCAGGAGAUCGCCGCAAAACUCUUCAGCGAAUCCGAGGCCAAGCGACCCAGGGCCGACAACGGCGCCGCUGCCGACGAUCAUAUGCAGAAGCCUUUCAGUCAAAUGUCUUCCCUCGCUCAACCUGCAUCGUUUUCUUCGUAUGGCUAUGGCAAUAGCAAGAAGAUUGACAUUCCAAAUGGAAGGGUUGGAGUUAUCAUUGGUAAAGCUGGUGAGACAAUUAAGACUCUCCAGCAACAAUCUGGGGCCAAAAUUCAAGUGACUAGAGACAUGGAUGCUGAUCCUAAUUCGCAGACUAGACCUGUAGAAAUCACUGGCACACCUGAACAGAUAAGCAGGGCAGAGCAGUUAAUUAAUGAAGUUCUUGCAGAGGCUGAUGCUGGGAGUUCUGGAAUUGUUUCUGGUCGUAAAUUUGGCGGAGAUCAACCUGGCGCUGAACAUUUCUCCAUGAAAGUUCCUAAUAACAAGGUUGGUCUUAUAAUUGGUAAAGGUGGUGAGACAAUUAAAAGCAUGCAAGCUAACUCGGGAGCUCGUGUCCAGGUUAUACCUUUGCACCUGCCUCCUGGUGAUACAUCCACUGAAAGAACGGUGCAUAUAGAAGGUACCAGUGAACAAAUAGAAGCUGCGAAAAAACUAGUCAAUGAGAUUGUGAGCGGUGAGGUUCGUUUGAGGAAUCCCCAGCAAAGCUACCGCCCUCCUCAACCUCCAAGCUGGGGUCCGCCUGGACAACCUCAAUUGCAGCAACCAGGAUAUAACUACAUGCAACAACCUGGAGCCUACCCUCAGUAUUCACAACCUCCAUAUGGAGGCUACCCACCUCAACCUGCUACCGCAUAUGCUGGAUAUUCUUCUGGUUGGGAUCAAAGUUCCACACAAGGAACUCAACAAACUAAUCCUGGAACUGGUUAUGAUUACUACAAGCAACUAAGCAGCAGCAGCCCGCUGCCGCCGCCUCUCCACAUCGGCACCUCGAUAUCCAGCCUACAAUUACAGUCAGCAAACUUAUGGUGGUGCUUCUUACUAUCAAUCUGGACAGCAGCAAAGUUAUGGACAGGACAACUAUGCUGCUGCUGGUUAUAAUGCUCAAGCAACUCAGAGUGGAUACUCCCAGCCAACAUCUAACACCCAAGCUGGGUAUGAACAAUCUUAUGGAUCUGCUCCGGCUUAUGCCGGAAAUACAGCGAAUCCUGCUAAAGAUGGAUCGACUCCUCCUCAGCCUGCUGCUCCUGUACAACCUUCUCCAACCCAACAAGGGUAUGGAAGUCAACCACCAAGUAGUAAUCCACCGAGCUAUCCCUCUCAGGUAACUUCUCAAUCAGGGUAUGGCGUGCCCCCAAUUUCUCAGCAGGGAUAUGCUCAACCUGGUUAUGGACAGUCUCCUCAAGGCCAGAAGCCACCAGCAACUCUGCCUGUUUAUGGGCAACCGCCCUCCAGUCAAGCUGGUUAUCCUGCACCAGCGCAAGCAAGCUACGGGCAAACAUACCAGCAGGUCCCAUUAUGGGUUCGGCUGGUUAUGCACAACAAGUCUUAUGGUGCAUUCUUAUGCAGUGGGUGGUAUUGCUCAGCCCCGGCUUGAGGUAGUGAGGGUGGUAGACAGCUCCAGCGGGCGGCUCUGGGUCAGUGAACAAGGCUUCUCCAAAGAGUUAGAUUCAGUGCAAGUUUUUUUUAUCGGUAAGUUCGCCUUUGAUAUGUUAGGUUGUAGCUUAGAUAGUGUUAUCGUUCGUCAGCUUUUGAAUCUUCUUUGUGUGUUAUGUAAUGUUGAAAGGAUUGACAAUGUAUUAGUAUCUUUCUGUGUAUUUGAUAUAUUGUUUCUGAAAGGCUGAAUACUUUUGAUUGCACUUUA